CGGUGGUGUGUGCCUCUUCCUCUUUAAGGAGGCAGGCACGCCGGAAGACCAAACGCCACGCGCCUUGUGUGUCAGUAGUCCGGGACCCGGGAGCCGCCGCCGCACCUUCACUCUGGACAGCUGACAUCUCCUCUCUCUGACCACUACAGUCUGUCGCUGCCAUGCCUGCUAAAAAGACUCCCAGCAAGAGGAAAUCUGAGAUCAAAGAGGAGGAUGAUCAAGUUUCUAAGAAAGUAAAAGUGACUCACAGGAGCCAUGGGAAGGAUACAGGUCAGGUUCUUGUGCUUGGCCAGGGUGAUGUUGGACAGCUGGGUCUCGGCGAGGACAUCAUUGAGCGGAAGAAGCCGGCCCUAGUGACCCUGCCAGAGGGCAUUGUGCAAGUAAUAGCUGGAGGCAUGCACACUGUGUGCCUCAGUGACACUGGCAGUGUCUACACGUUUGGGUGUAACGACGAGGGUGCCCUUGGUCGGGAUGGGUCUGAGAUGGUUCCAGAGAAGGUGGUGCUGGAGGAGAAGGUUGUUCAGGUGUCUGCUGGUGACAGCCACACGGCUGCACUCACAGAAGAUGGCACAGUGUACCUGUGGGGCUCCUUCAGGGAUAACAAUGGUGUUAUUGGUCUUCUGGAACCCAUGAAAAAAUGUGCCUUUCCUGUCAAAGUACCCAUGAGAGAGCCUGUUGUGAAAAUUGUGUCAGGCAAUGACCACCUUGUAAUGGUGACAGUGGAGGGAAAUCUCUUCACCUCAGGCUGUGGAGAGCAGGGGCAGCUGGGAAGGGUGCCUGAGCUGUUCUCGAACAGAGGCGGCAGGAAAGGCCUUUCAAGGUUGCUGGUGCCCCAGGAGGUAAAAGUCAAAGGCAAGGUUCACUUCGUCGAUGCCUUCUGUGGAGCGUACUUCACCUUUGCCGUAUCUAGAGAAGGUUAUGUGUACGGGUUCGGCCUGUCCAACUACCACCAGCUUGGGACUAAAAGCAACAAGAUGUGUUUUGUCCCAGUGAAACUGACAUGCUUCAAAAACUCUACCACCUCUUGGGUCGACUUCUCAGGAGGACAGCACCACACAGUCUGCCUUGAUGCUGAAGGACAGGUGUACAGCCUGGGCAGAGCAGAGUACGGUCGUCUUGGUCUAGGCCAAGGGGCUGAGGAGAAGAGCGAGCCCACACGUGUGACAGGGAUUGAGCCAGCCAGUGCCGUGACAUGCGGGGCGUCUGUCAGCUAUGCUGUCACUAGAGAAGGAUCAGUGUAUGCGUGGGGAAUGGGCACCAACCUUCAGCUUGGCACAGGUGAGGAGGAUGACGAGUGGAACCCUGUGAAGAUGACAGGCAAGCAGCUGGAGAACCGUGCUGUAAUAAUGGCCUCCAGUGGGGGGCAGCACACAGUCCUUUUGGUGAAAGACAAACAGGAGAGUUGAUGUCUCCCUCAGGCAGAGAGUGAUGGGUGAUGUUUUGAUCUGUUGUCAGUGGGUUCCUGUUAAGAUGCCUAAGUAUUGGGAGGGGGUUAAGCCACAUGUGACUUUCUGUGCUGAGCCAAGAGAGUGUAAGGGGGGGAGAGGUGAGGUUUGACCUCACCUAUGACAGCUCUCCUGCCCCCGAGAUGGAGAAAACUUUCAUGGGAUGUUUUCUGUAGAUCAUGGCAAACAAGGGACUAUUUUUUUUUUUUUUUUUUAACUAGUUUUUGAUUUUUGUUCUGGAUUAUUUCCAAUAAACACCUUUUAGUAUGACUGUGAGAUGGUAUGUGUGAUGUUUAUGAAUGUUUGAUUGUGCUUGUAUGCAUGUAAAUAAGAAAAGGGAGAGGACAAGCCCUCCCAUCUACAACCUUUUUAAAUUUUAUUUUCUUAAAAUGUUUUUUUUUUUGUUUUUGUUUUUGUUUGAAGCAAUAAUUCAAGUCCAUUUCAGUGCAGUUAAGUCUGAAUCUGUUUAUUUUACCCAUAGCACACAAAAUUGCUGUUAUUUGAACAUUUGAGUAGCAAUUCAUACUGUAUUAUCCUUUUUCUUGCUUUGUCCAAUCUGAAAAUAAAGAUGAAUUUUUAAAAUUUCAAGUCUUUUUAUGAGAUGCAGUAACGCUAGUCAUUUACACCUUAUGUGACAUGUUAGCACGUCUGCUGAAGGGAGAAACAAAGCAGACUCCCCGUGUUAUUCCAAUGAAGUUUGACAGUUCGGUGUUGAUCUGCCGCACUUCUUUGUGUUCACAAAAGACAAGUUCUUUUCAUUGAAGUCUUGGAGACGCUCUGCUGUAAUUGAAUGAAAGGAAAACCUUUUAGGAACACACUACCUAUUGUAGAACGUAUGUGCACAUGUACUACUAUAAUGAGAUAAUUUGCCAAAAUGUUAAGCAGGAUUCCGCGUUAGAGAAUGGAGGUUUUGUUUCUUGCUUAUACACAGAUGACAGACUUUGUCUGCCUACUUUAGAAGAGAAACUUCCAUGUCAGAUCAUAUAGGAAUACUUUUUGACCUUUAUGAGGCAUUUAAUGCUGUCAUUACAAUCAUCAAAUUGGUUUAAGCCUGCACUUGGUUCGACUGGUGAGAAAGAGAAAGUAUUGCUGAAGAUUGCAGAGAGUUUCAAUGCCUUGUCCAAGGACGUGACAGUGUAUUUUUACAGUCUUGGUUGUUGCAGUCUUGUCAAUUGUCCAAACAUUCUGUCCUCACUGAUUAUUAGCUGAUAAUAAAAAGUUUUCAUUUAA